UUUUUUCUAAAAAGUUUAUUUUAAUGGAGGUGAAGGAAUAUUAAUUUUUGGUUACACGUUGAAGUUGUGAAUGGAGAUAUUAAUGCAAAUGGCCCCACUUUAUAACUAAAACAUAUGUUAAUAUCUCCUUUCAAAACUAAUCAUAUAUGUAUAUAUUUAUAUAUAGAUAUCAGGACAAAAUAACCAGCAUUUAUAAAGGAACAUUUAUAUAGUAAAUAAUUUAAAAUUUUAAUUUAAAUUUGAUUUUAGCCAUUAUAAAAAGUACAGUUAUAUAGAAAAUUGGAUUCUCUUGGUUUGUGAGCGUAAUCAUGCUUAAAUAAUUGAUGACUGUUCUAUUUUUCUUCCAAAUUCACUGUCGAUUGAUUAAUCAUUUUGUGAUGACUUCCAUCUUGUCAAACGUCCUUCCUGCUCCGGAAGAUCCUGUUCUCAGUGUUAUUUUUGCUUGUAGAGAUGAUCCUUGUCCAGUUAAGUUGAAUUUGAGUGCCGGUGCCUAUCGAACCGAGGAGGGAAAGCCUCUUGUUCUUGAGGUGGUGAGAAAAGCAGAGCAACAGUUAGCAAAUGACCUGUCUUGUGACAAGGGUUAUCUCCCAAUUGAUGGACUUGCUGAUUUUAACAAAUUGAGCGCCAAGCUGAUCUUAGGUGAUGAUAGUCAUGCAGUGGGAGAGAAUAGAGUUGUUACUAUCCAGUGUUUGUCUGGUACUGGUUCUUUGAGAGUCGGAGCUGAGUUUCUAACAAAACACCACCAACAACGAGUCGUUUUCGUUCCAAAUCCAACUUGGGGGAACCAUCCCUUUAUUUUCACAUUGGCGGAUAAUUAUUAG